AUGCCCGUCACUGCAAUGGCUGAGGUCAAAGACGGUUUGGAUCAGUGCUUCACCUGUUCUCUAUAUGGCCAUGCUUUCGCAAACUGUCCAAUCAAAGGCACCAAACCACGCAAAGCUUUCAAUGACUGGCGAUUAGUGGACAACGGAAAGAUGUAUAGUGUCCUCGCUCUUUGGCCACAUCUAGCAUUGGAACGCGCUCGCAGUGGUUCGCCCAUAUACAAAGAUGCGAGUAGUGACUCUGUGGUGAAUUUGAACGAUAAAGAGUAUGUCAUUAAUAGCUUGUUAGACAGCUUCCUUCCUAUUAAUACUGUUCACUUUACAACGAUGUUAUACAGCGGACAAUGUGUCAAAGGCAACGCACAGACCUUGGGUGCAGAGAUGUCAAAUGAUGCGCCAAAAGAAUCACUGAACGUCACUGUAGUGCAAGAAACGUGUCCGGACACGACAAAACCGAUUGGUGACAAUGGGGAAUGCAAUGAUCAAAAGUUCAAAAUUGGCGAAGGAACCCAUUGGUGUUCAAAGAUUGUCGUCGAUGAGCGACAAUAG